ACUCCAGCAUAAAAUUAUUAUUAUUAUUAUCCAGUAAACGUCUAAAAGAAGCUCAUAAUGACAUUUAAUGGACAGAACUGAAUGACAGAAAACCUUCAGGUUUAGUCUUUAAUGUAAAAAAUGAAACACGUCACAUUUACAGCCCUGUUAUUGUUCUGCUACGUGACCAAACCUGAUAAACAGCUCUCUUCCUGGUAUUCCCACCGUUUCCGGUCAGAUCACAUAUUUCCUUGUUCCUUCCCCUUCUGUGCUCAAGUUUAAAUAUAGGUACGACUCAACAGUCAGUAACAGAAAACAGAAAUGGAACAGCAAGGCGUACAGCUGGACCGAAAAACUUUCUGCUGUCCGAUCUGUUUGGAUCUUCUGAAGGAUCCAGUGACGAUUCCCUGUGGACACAGCUACUGUAUGACCUGUAUUAAAAGACACUGUGAUGAACAGGAUAAGAAAGGUAUGUACAGCUGCCCUCAGUGCAGGAAACCCUUCAUACCAAGACCUGUCCUGGAGAAAAACACCAUGUUAGCAGCUUUAGUGGAGCAGCUGAAGAAGACUGGACUCCAAGCUGCUCCUGCUGAUCCCUGCUAUGCUGGACCUGAAGAUGUGGCCUGUGAUUUCUGCACUGGAAGAAAACUGAAAGCCAUCAAGUCCUGUUUAGUCUGUCUGGCCUCUUACUGUGAGAAACACCUUCAGCCUCAUCAUUAUUUAGCUACUUUCAGGUACCACAAGCUGGUGGAGCCGUCCAAGAACCUCCAGGAGAACAUCUGCUCACGUCAUGAUGAAGUGAUUAACAUGUUCUGCCGCACUGAUCAGAAGUGCAUCUGUUCUGAUUGCUCAAUGGAGGAACAUAAAGGCCACGACACAGUGUCAGCUGCAGCAGAAAGGACUGAGAGGCAGAGAGAGCUGGAGGAGAGACGAGGAAACAUCCAGCAGAGAAUCCAGGACAGAGAGAAAGAUGUGAAGCUGCUUCAACAGGAGGGGGAGGCCAUCAAUCACUCUGCUGAUAAAACAGUGGAGGACAGUGAGAAGAUCUUCACUGAGCUGAUCCGUCUCCUCCAGAAAAGAAGCUCUGAKGUGAAGCAGCAGAUCAGAUCCCAGCAGGAAACUGAAGUGAGUCGAGUCAAAGAUGUUCAGGAGAAGCUGGAGCAGGAGAUCAGUGAGCUGAAGAGGAAAGACGCUGAGCUGGAGCAGCUCUCACACACAGAGGAUCACAACCAGUUUCUCCUCAACUACCCCUCACUGCCAGCACUCAGGGAGUCGACACACUCAUCCAGCAUCAACAUCCGUCCUCUGAGACACUUUCAGGACRUGACAGCAGCUGUGKCAGAGCUCAGAGACAAACUACAGGACGUCCUGAGAGACUCAUGGACAAACAUCUCACUGAUGGUCACUGAGGUGCACGUUUUACCACCAGAACCAGAACCAGAGCCAGAACCAAAGAGCAAAGCUGAGUUUUUAAGAUAUGCUUGUGAAAUCACACUGGAUCCAAACACAGCUCACACACAGCUGGUUCUAUCAGAGGGGAACAGGAAGGUGGCAUUGAUGAAUCAGCCUCAGUCUUAUCCAAGUCAUCCAGACAGAUUCACUGGUUGUUGUCAGGUUCUGAGUAAAGAGAGWCUGACUGGACGUUGUUACUGGGAGGUGGAGUGGAGCGGAAGAGGAGGAUUUGUAGCAGUUUCAUACAAUAAUAUCAGCAGAUCAGGAGGUGGGAAUGAAUGCGCAUUUGGUCGGAAUCACAAGUCUUGGGCGUUGGAUUGUUACCAGAGUAAAUACAUAUUUUCUCACAGGAACAUCAAAACUCCAGUCUCAGGUCCAGUUUCCUCCAGAGUCGGAGUGUACCUGGACCACAGAGCAGGUAUUCUGUCCUUCUACAGCGUCUCUGAAUCCAUGACUCUGAUCCACAGAGUCCAGACCAGAUUCACUGAGCCGGUACUGGCUGGAGUUUGGAUUUAUUACACCAAAGACGCUGCAGAGUUCUGUAAACUCUGAUAGACUGGAUUUGAAUUUCUCUUUGUUGAAAUUUACUGCAACAUGUUUGUAUUGCUGUUUCAUGCAUUUGGUUGUACUUGAACUAAAAAAAAGUCUGUGGAGAGCCACUUUCUUCUAUUCUUAAAAUUUUUGGAGAUAUUAUUUUAACGUGUUUGGAAAUUCCAAGCAAAUUACAUUCCAAACAUUGCUGCUGCCUGGGGUUUCCAAACUUUUCAGCCUUGUGACUUAACUUUGCCUGAGAUUGGUGAUCUUGUGAAAUAUGUAUAGUUAUUUAAUUGUGUAUG